CUCAGCUGGCUCCUCCUCCUCCUCCUCUUCCUCCUCCUGCAGCCCUCAGUCUGACUCCAGCCGUCCAGCAGCUCACACAGACCGCAGGAGCUCAGCUGUCCACGGAGCAUCAGGUGUGGGUCGUCAUGGCGAUGCUGAGCUGCGUCCUGAGGAUCAUGGGAAGACCUUCAGGUCUGACCCGUCCAGAAGAAGUUCUGCAGGAGACCAAGAGGAGGAUCUACGGCAAGCCGCCUCGACACCGCAUCAGCGCCGCUCAAAGUUUCUUCGUCAUGUCUGUGUUCGCUGCAGCCAUGUUGGGUCCGGCUGCCUGGAUCCUCCAUCACCUGCCGGAGUACCGGGAGAGGGCCCAGCAAGUCCCCCGGGCCUGACCUUCCUCAUCAUCAUCAUCCUCAGCAUCCUGCUCUGUGUGAAGAAAAUAAUCAUUAUUAACCUUUGAUUGGUAACUAAAUGUGUCCUUAAACCAGGUGGUUAAAGGCUUUUAUUCUGAAAAAAACUGCAUUUUAUAAAAUAAAAGUUUGAGAUGUUUGUGUUUA